UGAAGCAAUAGUGAUCCCACUCCUCUCCAUUGGUUAAUGAGUCUGAAGUAAAUGUCAGCCUCUUGCUCAUUUUAGUUAUUCUAACUGAGAAGCAGUGGCGUAAAAUUGGAUGAAAUAGUAGGUUCAAUUGAAUUAGCCUAUGUGAGGUUGAGGAGGCAGUUAGUAAAAUUGCCAGAUUUUAGUGGAAUUAUGAUGUGUAGCAAUGUCCCAUAGGAUUUUCAUAAAUGAAUUGUUUUCACAUUUACGUAUUUUCAUCCAAGGCCACUAUGCAAUUGGAGUCAUGUAUGGUGUUUCUGGUUAUAUGGCCUAAACUUGAUAUUUGCCACAUAUCCUCGUCAAACUUUAAUUGCUGAAAUUGGAGCAAAGUCGUUAGCAUGUUGCUUUCUCUAGCAUCGAUGUAAAAGGGGCUACAAGUUUUUGAUUGCUGACAGUUAAUAGUGGCAAUCAGUUGUUUUGUACUUUGUAGUAAACUGGAAAAGUGAGGGACUGUAGUGGGUAUUUUUGAGUGGCCCGUUGGGCUUUUACAUAUUGUUACGGAAGACUACACAAAGACGUGAAGAAAACGCAGCCUGGUCAAGUUUCUAUUUGUUCAACAUUGUGAUUUAGAUUUUGCCAGGUUAGGCGUGGAACCAAACCCAGAACUCUGGCUGGACCCACAUCUCCCAAAAUAUCGGGAAAUCAGAUUCACAAAGCCAACUUCCCCUUCUGCUGUUCCUUCCAUUUCCAUAGUUGCACGCACAGAACUCUCCUUCUUCACAUCACCUGUUCGACUCGCACAGAAAAAAAAACAUAACCAACAGCUAGACAAACAUAAUCUAUUUAUUGUUACAAUAACGGUUAGUAGUGCGUAACUAAAAUCAUGGACUCACUGGCAUCUUCUGUGGUUCUUCCUCCUAGUAGUAACCCUCUCCAUCUACAACAACAACGCUGUCGUUUAAUACCUCCUUCCUCUUCGUUCUAUGGUCGCACCUUUCGUCUUCGCUUUUCAUCAAAAAGGGAACCCGGACAAGUGUUGUGUAAAUUGAGCAGCGGACCUGAUCAUCCAGAAGACGAAAAUGAAAAUGAAGUUGACAGGGCGCUUCAUCUGGACGGUACAAUUCCAGGGACCUCGGAUGAAUUUGUGAAGCAAGUGUCUUCUCGUGCUUAUCACAUGCGUAGUCAUCUUCAACAAUCCUUUCAUACCUCCACUUAUGAUGUCUUGGAAUCGAAUCCAUGGAGAGAAACCUCAAAGCCUGUGUAUGUACUUACUCACAGAGAAAACCAGCUCUGCACUAUGAAAACUCGAACAAACCGCAGUGAAGUAGAGAGAGAGCUUGGGGUUUUAUUUUCUAAAGGAGGAAAAUGGAGGCCUGAAAGGCAAAAUCAUGCUAAACAAUCUAGAUCAAGCCCUGAUAAGUUCCAGAUGAUGGUGGAGGAUAUCAGGGAGGGCGUACUUGUAUUUGAAGACGAGAAUGAAGCUGUAAAAUAUUGUGAUUUACUGCAAGGAGGAGGUAAAGGUUGUGAAGGUGUUGCAGAAAUUGACGCCUCAUCGGUGUUUGAUAUUUGCCGUAAAAUGAGAGCUCUUGCUGUUCUAUUCCGAAGGGGAAGGACGCCUCCUCUACCACAAAGCCUUGAACUUAAUUUGAGAGCUCGUAAGCGAUCCCUUGAAGAUCAACAAGACUUGAUAUGAAAUGAAACUGAGUAAUAGGAGUACAUUAAAAUCUCACAUUGUUGAUGCUGAAAUGCAGAGAGUAAAUAUUGUCAUUAAAAUGAUGUCGUAUAUGGUAGGAUAUAAAGUGAUAUAGCUGGAUUCACAUGUUCCCUGAGAGUUGAAUGAUAUGUUGAGUUUCAAUAUUGUGGGCUGGAA